CGGAGCAGCUGGGGGAGGACUGGAGGCGGCGGGAGAUUCAAAUCCCGACUCCCGAGCCGGGCGGAGCCGAGCUGAGCGGGAUGGAGCCGGCGGCGGAGUCCGGGCCGGCCCGGGCGGGCUAUGAGCGUCUCACCGCCGAUGAGAUGGAUGAGCAGAGGAGACAGAAUGUCGCCUAUCAAUAUCUCUGUCGCUUAGAAGAAGCGAAACGAUGGAUGGAGGCUUGUUUGAACGAGGAGCUGGCCUCCCCUACGGAGCUGGAGGAGAGCUUACGGAACGGGGUCAUCCUCGCCAAGCUGGGCCACUGCUUUGCACCCGACGUCGUCCCGCUGAAAAAGAUCUAUGACCGCGAGCAGAGGCGCUACGAGGCAACUGGACUUCAUUUUCGACACACGGAUAAUAUCAACCACUGGCGCGAGGCCAUGACCCGCCUGGGGCUUCCUACGAUCUUUCACCCGGAGACAACGGACAUCUACGACAAGAAGAACAUGCCCCGGGUGGUCUAUUGCAUUCAUGCUCUGAGUUUAUACUUGUUUAAGCUGGGGCUGGCUCCGCAGAUCCAGGAUUUAUACGGGAAAGUGAACUUUACAGAGGAGGAAAUUAACAACAUGAAGCGGGAGCUGGAGAAAUACGGCCUCCAGAUGCCAGCCUUCAGCAAGAUCGGCGGGAUUCUCGCCAGCGAGCUCUCCGUGGAUGAAGCGGCAGUCCACGCCGCUGUCCUCGCCAUCAACGAAGCUGUGGAGAGGGGAGUGGUGGAGCAGACCAUGGCGGCCCUGCACAAUCCCAGCGCCAUGCUGCUCCACUUGCGCGAGAACCUCGCCGCCGUCUACCAGGAGAUGCUGUACCAGGUGAAGAUGGAGAAAGCUGGCAAUGCCAGGAACCGGUACCUGCAGGAGAGCCCAGAAAGCGAGGAUAUUUACGACCGAUGUCUGACUCAGGCUGAAAUACAAGGGAACAUCAACAAAGUCAACGUGCACGGAGCUCUGGAAUACGUGGACGAUGCUCUGGAGAGGCAGGACCCUCCAGCCUUGUGCCGGGCCCUGCAGGAUCCCGUCCUGGCCCUGCGCGGUGUGCAGCGGGAGAACGCAGCCUGGUACUUGGAUCAGCUGAGUACAGAUCGGGAGCAGAAAGCACUGGAGCUGGGCUACGUGGACUUGCUGGAGCAGGAGGAGGUGCAGGCGGGGAUCUACGCAGCCAAUGAGAAGGGAGAUCAGGAACAUGCCAUGAGGCAGGCCGUGAGCCGCAUCAACGCUUCGAUCCGCCGGGGGGAGGCGACGGAGACGGUGCGAGAAUUGAUGAGCCCCGAGGCCCAGCUCCCCGAGGCAUUUCCCUUCGCCGCCCAGCUGUACCAGCACGAGCUGGCCCUGCUACAGCAACACCAUCCGCAGGGUGAGUUGGGGCAGGAGGAACUCUACGUUGCAGUGGAGAUGCUCUCGGCCGUGGCGCUGAUCGACCGGGCGCUGGAAGCUGGGGACGUCUAUGGAUUCUGGAGUAGCCUGGUCAGCCCUGCCCUGGGCCUAUCUGACAUCGAGGAUGCAAACGCGCAGCGCUAUUUUGACGACUUGUUGAAACUGAAGCACCGGUCUGGGAAAGCCGGGGUUGCGUUCCUGAGCUGGAACGACAUCCAGGCCUGCGUGAACAGCGCCAACUCGGCGGUGCAAGACGAAAACGACAAGAUCCUCGCCAUCAGACUGAUCAACGAGGCGCUGGCGCAGGACGACCCGGAGAAGACGCUCACUGCUCUGCUGCUGCCCUCUGCCGGGUUCUCUGCCGUGACUCUCCCGGGAGCGAGGCGUUACCACCAUGUCCUGACCGCUGCGCUAAGGCAGAAAGCCCAGGUGACCGGAGAUGAUGGAGCAGCUCUCUGGUGGGAGGAGAUCCAACAAGGGGUUUCCAAGGCCAAUCAGGACACGGAGGCAGCCAGGAGACUGGCUCUAGGCAUUGCUGCCAUCAACCAGGCCAUAAAAGAAGGGAAGCCGGCUCAGACGGCACGCGUGCUGUGUAACCCGGACGUCUCCCUGCGCGGCGUCGUGGCAGAAUGUGCAGGGGCCUACCAGGCCCAGCUCGCCACCCUCCUGGCUACCAAGAGACAAGCAGGGAACGCCAAACGCCACUGGGUCAGACACCAGUUGAAAGAUGGCAGCGUGUAUUACUUCAGCCUGCAGAGCUUCGAAGGCAGCUGGGAGCGGCCGCGUGACUCUGUCCUGAACUCCACCCACCUCAGCCGGGAGGAAAUCCAGGCAGGCCCUGUGGUUCUCUCUGGUUCCCCAGCCUGUUCCCUACUUGCCCUAAAUCCUGGACUGGAUUCAGCAGUCACGGAAGGGAUACGUUUCCCCCCCCCAUUUCCCCAUAGGAAGUUCAUCUGUGCUGCCUGUUCCGUCCCUGAGCCGGAAGAAAGGUUUAAUGUGGAUGAGUACUCGGAGAUGGUAGCUGUGGCCAAGCCGGUCGUCUACAUCACGGCGGCGGAGAUCAUUAACACCCACAAGCUGUUACUAGAGCAUCAGGACUCCAUUUCGCCCGAUCACAAGGACCCUCUGCAUGAGCUUCUGGAAGACCUUGAUGGGCUGCCUACCGUCCAGUCUCUAAUAGGCGAGAGCGCUCCGAAUCCAGGUGAUGGCAGCCCCGAGCAAGCGCUGGCCCAGCUCGGCAAGCAGGAGGUCUCGCUCACCCUCACCAACAAGUUCGAUGCGGUGGAGGCCAGUAGCGAGGAGGCGGAUACAAGGAGCUUGCUGCUGAGCACCAAACAGAUGCUAGUGGACGUGAUCCAGUCCCAGCCGGGGGAUUCCCUCUUGGAGAUCUUACGGACAGCUGCAUCAGAGGAUCAGGAAGCCUUCCAUCACCACCAGAUGCACAGACGGGCCCUGCGCGAGGCCCAGACCCCGGACAGGUUGAAACGCAACCGCUCCCUGGCUGGCAACAGCCAGCUCUCUAUGGAAGAGAAGAAGCAGAAAGUCAUCCGGAACCUGCGGCGCUUGGAGAGCCUGGGGGUGGUGGACUCAGCCAAUCAGUACCAGGAGAUCAUCAACGAGAUGGCCAAGGAUAUUCGCAAUCAGAGGCGUUACCGGCUGCACCGCAAGGGGGAGCUAGUGAAACUGCGGCAGACCCUCUGCGGCCUCAACUCCAAGACCUUGUUUUAUGAGGAGCAAAUCGACUAUUACAAUCAGUACAUCCGGACGUGUCUGGACAACCUGGCUGCCAGCAGCAAGCUCAACGGGAAGAGCAAGAAGCAGCCGUCGCUGCAUUACACGGGGGCGCGGCUCUUUGAGAAGGGCGUAUUGCUGGAGAUCGAAGACCUGCCUGUCAGCCAGUUCCGGAACGUGGUUUUCGACAUCGUUCCGUGUGGGGAAGCCGGCAAGUUCCAGGUGAAGGCCAGAUUUAUGGGGAUCGACAUGGAGAAGUUCCAGCUCCACUAUCAGGACCUGCUGCAGCUGCAGUACGAAGGUGUGGCCGUCAUGAAGCUGUUCAACAAGGCCAAAGUCAACGUCAACUUGCUCAUUUUCCUCCUCAACAAGAAGUUCUUCAGGAAGUAGGAGGACGGGGGGGAGGGAACCUGCCAAAGAGAUUUCAGGGACAGAAUCCGGCUUCUGAACGGUACCUUGCCAAGGAGAGGGGAAAACUACAGAACCGGAGCCAUUGCCGUUAACGCUCUCCUGCCCAGAACUGGCACGCUCGAGCUCUUCUACAUCAAGCCGCAACUUGUUGCCUUGGGGGUUAAAUCUGGAUCCCAGCAUACAUGUAGGAGGCAGGGGGGAUGACGCUUGUGCCUCCCCUAUUCAGGGGCUGGCGCACGCUCUGGCAGAGGGUACAGCACCCCUUACAACUGCCCUUUUUGUUGCAAUGGUCCCUAGGCGGCUUUGCAGUGGUCUAGAAUGACUGGUGUGCUGGUCUGCCCCAUCUGCCUGCCCCCUUGCAGCUGGGGGGCUGACGGCUGAUCCGCAGUCCCUUUGCGGCAAUGGAGCUGGUGCCCCAGGGUCUGAUUCCUCCGUGCCUUAUCCAUGCUGCUGCUGCUUUGACUAGAUAGGAAACGCAAUUACUCCGAGCUGCCGCCCACUUCCUAUGAACAAGGUGAUGGUUUAUUUUAUUUUGUGUGUUUUUUAACUAGCCUGAGACUUUUAGGCAUCGAGUGGUUGAGCUCUGGCUUAUCCCUUCUCAGCCACGCGAGCGCGAGGUUGGAAAUUUUUUCACCCUUCCCCCCCCCGACGCGCGUGAAACCAGCGAGAGACGUGUGAGAGUUCUUGGGCUGCACCCAGGCGUGCAAACGAUCCAUGUACCACGUGAGGGUCCUCUGCUGAACGGCAGUGAAUCGGGCUCAGGCCUAGUUGAACAGCUGGUGUUGGACUACUCUUAGCACAAGGUGUGUGUGUGUGUGUGUGUGUGAGAGAGAGAGGGAGGGGGUUAGCAGUCUCUGUGGCUUUUUAAUGUAUAUUAAACCCGUUUUUUAAAACUAGUAUUUUUAGAUGUUUGAGUUCUGAGCUUAGUUCUCUCGGGUCACUUGGCCAGUGGUCGUUUAAGGACACGGAGGGGUUGUAGGCUGCAGACCUGAUCUUUGACAUUUUAGUUUUUUUAAAAGAUACAUUGAUUGUAAUUUUUCCCUACCCCAGCAAAAAAAAAACCCCACUACCUCUGUUUUCUCAGUCAGAAUCAGACUGCCCAUAGAAGAGGAAAAAUCCCAUAACCACACCAGUGUUGGCCACCCUACAAUAAUAAACACUGUGUGUGGGCUGCCCAGUACCUUUGGGCCACCCUACAAUAAUAAACCAGUGUGUGGGCUGUCUGGGACCCAUGGGCAGCCCUACAAUAAUAAACCAGUGUGCAAUAGAGAGCAGCUGAAACCUAAUUAAGGCCACUACAUUUUAAAGCCUCCCGUGGGGAAAAAUGGAUCAAAAUAGCUCGGCUUAGCAUGGGGCCCUGGCCAGACUGGUUCACCCAUUGCAAUGUGUCCUAAAGUGCAGGGGAAGGGGGCCUGGGCAUGUCAAAAUUAGGGAAGACCUCGAGGGUGUGGUUUUUGUUUUGGUUUUGUUUAAAUCUUCAUGUUCUCUAGGUGGGCUGUACCCCUGGCAAAUGGAAGGCCUAGCAGGGUGGGUGCAAUCGCUCUCCAUCUGGGAAGGAUAGGAAAGAGGGUAAACGCGAGUGGUUAACAUCUGACCGAGGCGACUCUGGAAUGAAUAAUCCCCAGGGGACAGGAAGGGAAGUACAAACCAGGACCUUGGUCUUGCGAGAUGCUCCUGCAUGUGUUUAAGCAGGAGUGCUGCUAUUGAUUUGAACUGGGGGAGGCCUGCUCACCCCAGUCAUGGCCCAGCACUCUGGGGUGCUAGGUGCCGUCAAAACCCAGAACGCAAAGACCGCCCCUGCCCCCGAGAGUUUUCAAUCAAAAGUGCCACCAGCGUGAGUCGGUGCUUGAAGCCGAGCGUGUGCGUUUGUGGGGGCAGGGGCGAGGAUUGCCGAUGCCUGUACCAAAAAGCCCCCCUCUUUCUUACGACCUGAAUUUUUCUUUUAAAUAACUUUUAGAACCCCAUUAAGACUAAUGAAACCUGCCACCCUAGCACCAGUAACGCUGCACUGCCUAUGCCGAGGCAGGUACUGAGAACGCUUACAAGUGCCUGGUAUAGUCAGGCACCAAAACAAGGCUUGAAAGUACUUGUGUUUAUAAUAUGGCGUCACGGGUGGGCAGGACACUUCACAGGGCUCGUCUUCACGGCAGUGUGAACUCGAGUUCUGGCCCUCGCUCAAAUUCCGUCCACACACGCGCACGCCCCCUUUAUCUCAGGAUGGCUGCGGCUUGAGUUAGCCCGACUCGGCGGCUACCACAGUUGCUCUGUGCGGCUUAAGUGUGAGCAGCCACACUGGAGCGAGGCUAGCUAGAGCGGCAUAACCUGCGUCUGCAGCGAAGACAUCACCCUAGAUAAGGCAGUGUGGUUCAGUGCCCUGGGAGCCACCGCUCUGCCAUGGACCUGCUGGGAUGUGCCUCAGUUUCCCUCUGUGUAAAACAGGGAUAAUAUAAUACCUACUUCAUUAUAUAGAUAACCAUUUAACAUCCACCCGUAUAAAGCCAUUUGAGAUGUGUGUGUGAAAACCCUUGUGUUAAAACUGGCAGGUCUCUGACCAACAGAUCUUAGACUAGAUAAUAGAUACAUAACUCUUCGGAUGCUGGCGUUUUCCCUACUGCUUGCCAAGGCAUACUGCUGGCCAGAUCCUCAUCUGGUGCGAACUGGCAAUGGGGCUUGGCUGACUUACACCAGGUGAGGCUCUGGCCCAGCAGGUCUAAGGGUGCAGCCUUCAAAAGGCAAGAGAAAUUCCCUGAGUUCAGUGUUCAUAGUAACGAAGGCCAAUUGCUUUAGCAGCUGCAGAAAAUUUAGCUAAAAAUCCAGCUUCAGGGGUGAACCCCUUUUUCUCCUUUGCUGAUACAAUGACACCUAGUGGCCUAAGAGAAUAUUGCCUUUUAAAAUACAUUUCGGCUUCAACCUUUUUGAAUGAAUAUGAAUCGGGGACGGCGAGUUGGCAUUAGCUUUACAAAGCAGUUUUAUACCAAUUAGCCUUUUAUUUUUUCCAAUGGCAUAAUGAUUUUGCAGAAGCUGGGUAGUGAGGUGUUAUUAAAUCGUAUAUAGUUUUUAAAGAACUAGGAGUUAUGGUAGAUCAAACUGAGAACGAACCACCACUGUAAUGGUGGAGUUGCAAAAAAGGCUAAUAUCAUUCUGGGAUGUAUUAACAGGAGUGUCGUAUAUAAGACACAGGAGGUAACUGUCCCACUCUGCUUAGCAGUGGUGAGGCCUCAGCUGGAGUCCUGCGUCCUGUUCUGGGCGCUGCACUUCAGGAAAGACGUGGAUACAUUGGCGAGAAUCCAGAAGACAGCCACACAAACGAUCAAAGGUUUAGAAAAGCUGACCUAUGAGUAAAGGUUAAAAAACCUGGGCAUGUUUAGUCUUGAGAAUAGAAGACUGAGGGGAGGGGAUCAGUCUUCAAAUAUGAUCCGGGUGAGGUAUGAUCAGAGUGGUCAAUGGAUCUCCAUGUCUGCUGAAGGUAGAACAAGAAGUAAUGGGCUUAAUCCGCAGUAAAGGAGAUUUAAGUUAGCUAGUAGGAAAAAAGGUCUCAGGUGUACUUCAUCCAUGAGCAUCUCGACUGGCUGUUUCAUAACCCCCACAGCUGUUAGAUUUAUACUACACUCCACGUGAAGACAGAGCCUGCUCUAAACUUAGGAGUCCUGAACGUCCUUUGUGCUGGGAGCUGUACAUGCACGUGGUCAGAGACAAUCCCUGUCCCAUAGAGCUUUGGCCAGGUCUGCACGAGGGUAUAGCUAUGCCAGUUCACUAUGCUGCCAAAGUGCUCCUAGUGUGGACGCAGCCUGUACUAGCAAACCCGCACAAUUAGCAAUGUCGCUUAUGCCACCCCAUCGCUGAGCGAAACAAGCUAUCCCGCUAGAAGCACGGUUUUGCCAGUGUAACUGGAUCGGCACUCGGGCUUUCUGCUGGCUCAGCUGUGUGGAUCAGAAAUCACUCCGGAUUGCCAUCGCUACAUCAGCAGAAGGACGUGGCCUCAGUCUAAAUAGGCAAGAUGGACAAAAGUUGGGAGAAAGGGAUGGUUUAUCUCCAGUAGGCAGACGGGGAGCCGACACGUGUUUACACACCCUGCAGCAGCGACUCGGUCCGCAAACUCGGGUUGACACUAGUGCUCCAAAACUCGCUGUAUAGGCAGCGCUUCAAAGUUGGAGCCCAGGGUCUGAAGCCCCCUCUGCUCCCUGGGCUUCACAACGUGAGCUGCCCGCACCGCUGUUUUUAGAGCGCUAGCCCCAGCCGGCUGACCCAGACAUACCCAGAGUGGCUGGGCUUGAUUCUCUGUUGCUCUGAUCCUCACAGAGUCCUUUUGCGCCCGGACAGAAUGGGUGUAAAAUGCUGUCCUGAUGUAGCAAUGGACACCCUCUGCCAGGCACCAGAAUCGAGCCUGCUUUCACUCAGGAAACUGGGCAUUAGAGACUCCGGUGUGGGUCCCGAUCCAGCGCCUUAACCGCGCGGCUCUCCUAUUAGGAGGGUGGGGUGGGGAUUUACUCUCAGAAAUUCUCCCGGUUCCAUAAGGCUGCAGCGUGGCAGGGCCUUCCCUUUAUGAUGCUGGGGCAGGGUAAUGAAGCCUUCAAGUGGCUGUAAACCAGUCACACUCCCGUGGGUGUGAGGCUAAGUGCACUGAAGAUUGCAAGGUGCUUGGGUACUACGUUACUGGAAGGCAGAUCAAUACCAAAGAUGCUUCAAGGGGCCUUAAUAGAAACAAGGAUUGUGCUAGCAGGGCUCCCGAACCUGGCCAAAUGCAAGAUCUACAGCGACGCGUGUGCGCCGUCAGGAUUCUGCCUGCGUGGCCUGAACGGGAGCUGCUCGCCCCUCCAGCCUGGCGGCUGCUCUCCUAGCUAGUUCUAGUUCGAGCUGAUGCGGUUUGGAAUCCGUUUUAAAACGUAGCGUCAUCAGGGAUUGAGCUAAACCUGUCGCUGCUGCUUUCCAUGCAACGAUACAUGUUGGAUUUAGACGUCCGCCCAGCCCAAUGGCUGGAAAAGGCCUAAAACAUCCAACAUUGCGGGGGCUCUUUCAGUUGGUUUUUAACCCAGACCAAAGGACAUGGCAGGCUCUUUUUGUCUAGGGAUGUUGCAGUCAACCAAUUGCCAGCUGUUCUAUUAGGGCCCAAUCCUGUGGGGCGCUGAGGGCGCUGGCCCUGAUUCGGGAAAGCCCCUAAGCGCGUGCUUACUUGUUAAGCAGGUGACUAAUCCCAUUGACGCGAAUGGGGCUAUUCGCCAUGCUAAGUGGGGGCUAAAGUGCUCUGCACUUGUCCAGGAACCAGCCCCCAAAUAGGCCUGAUCCUGCCAGCUUUGCACAUGCUCCAUUCCCCUGAGACCAGCCCCUGCUCCUCUUGGCAUUGGAGUAAACUGAGAAUAACUGCAGAAGUCGGCAGCAUUUCGCUGCUAGAGGGAAAAAAUGGGGAGCAGGACGGGGUUGGCAGAUGUCAGUAGGGAUGGAGAGUGCUGGGGGUCAUGCAGGACGGGGUCCUAAAGAGAGAUUCUGCAAUCAAGGCCCUGACCCUCAUUUAUAUUCAGGCCCCCUUCGCACCGCUCUGGCAGUGUAAAGGGAGCUUCAAAGAAGUCCAAAUUACAGUUGAGGCCUUAUAUUUUAACUGUAACUUACACUGAAUCUAUGUCUCCAUUACCCGGCCAGCACAGCGCAAAGGGGCCCUGUGUGUGAAUGAGGAUCAGACCCUCACCCCUAUACAUUUUGCUCAUGUAACUCACCUGACGGUGUAGGCUUGCUGCUCUGGGCUAUUCUCUCACAGACGGGUUAAGCGAGGAACUGUAAGUCUUGGAGCUCUGUUCUUGCUGUGUCCCUGGAAGGAAUUUUUGUCUGUUUCAUGUCUUUUUGUUUUUGUCAUUCACUUGCUGUACAUAGUGUGUUAAUCCUGCCUCUCCAGGCGUGUGCCCGCUGUAUUCAAAUCUCCAUUGCUUCUCUGUGCCCGCGCCUCACUCGGUUUAUUCUAAAUAAACGUCUCUAUGUGGACAAAA